AUGAGAAGAUACCAACAGCAUACGCACGCAAGCUGGCACCGCGCCUACGAGGGCAAAGCCGAAUGCCCAUGGUGCCACGAAGGGCCCCGGGAAGAAUCGCGACCCCAAAGCAGCCGCUCACUUCACAAACGAGUCACCAAGCGGCCAGACACCAAUUGCACCAAUAGAACAGACGCUCCCUCGCCGCGGGCUACCCGGUCAAGGGCGCAAUCAAUAAAGCAAUCUGAUCAAUCCAUGUCGGAUCAGACAGCUCAGUUCGAGCCACAUUCAGACCCCGCUCCCGACACGACAGAUGACGCAGAGGACUCACCGGAGCUCAAUUCACAUUAUACAAAAUAUAUGGGCCGCACGGUUAGGCAUGAGAAUGGGGUUUUCGCAUUAGAACCACCACGCCCACGACUUCCUGAAGAGUGGACGCAAGAGAAUGAGGAGCCGGACACAGGUUCAAGGGACUGGAAUGAGUCGCCCGUGGAGACUUGGCGCUCGGGGCUAGAUACGGCUGGGGAUUACAGAGACCUUGACGAAGAAAAGGCUGGCUUGGUGGAACCGGAUGUGAAGGAAUUGGAGAACGUUUGA